GGCGCUGGUAAAGUUUCAACUGUCAACAAACUUCAACAUGUCCUCUCGGUGUUCAGAUAGUUAGCUUGAUUGAAACACUUUUACUAGACAAAAUUUAAGUCCUCGAAGAGUGUCAGAGUAUUCAAAGAUAUGCUUAAUGUCGGGGGUACAGUUAAAGCCGAGGACAAACAUGGAAACGUGCGUUAUAACAGCGCUGGACCGACCAGCGGCGGAGCUCACGGUCACGGAUGUGUACGACAUCGCAGCCGUGCUCGGACAGGAGUUUGAGCGGAUCAUAGAUAAGUUUGGGUGCGAGUCUUUAGUCGGUGUGGUGCCCAAAGUGGUACGGGUCCUGGAGCUGUUGGAGGCGCUGGUGAGCCGCGGAGCCGCCGGACAGGAGGCCGAGGAGCUGCGGAGGGAGCUGGAGAGGCUGCGGCAGGAGAGAAGCGACAGAUUCAGCCAGGAAAGAAAGCACCAGGAGGAGCUGGAGCUGGUGGAGGAUGUAUGGAGAGGAGAAGUCCAGGACCUGCUCUCUCAGAUCACCCAGCUCCAGGCAGAGAACAAGAAGCUGUUAGUGAGUCUCUCUAUCAAAGAGUCUCCCAUCACAGAGGAGGAGCUGCAGAAACAUGAGGGAAUGUCAGAGAAGGAGAAGCAGAUGAUGGCAAAGCUGAAAGACUUGGUGGAGAAGCAGAGGGAUGAAAUCCGAGCCAAAGACCACGAGCUGACACUAAAAAACGAGGAUGUUGAGGCGCUCCAGAUGCAGCAGCAUCGUCUGAUACGAAUCAACCAGGAUCUCCGUCACAGGAUCGGAGUGAUGGAGGCUCAGGGAAAAGCUCUGAUCCAGCAGAGGGUGGAGCUGGAAGCUGCAGCACAAGCCAGGCAGCAGGAGCUGAGUGCUCUGCAGGUGGAGGUUACACGGCUGAAGAAGGAGCUCCGAGUGAUGGAGCUGGAGAAAGAAGUGACAGAUAUAGUGGAAUCCGCAUUUGGCAAACCUGUGGUGACGUUGUCUACAUCACCACAGAGGAUGUCCUCCAUAGAAGAACAAUCAAACUCUCUCAAACCAGAUUCAGUGUGGGUGGAGUGCGGAGGAGACCCUGACUUCAUGGCGAACUGUUUUGAGCAUGACAAGAGUCCUUCCCCUCUUACAAAGUCAUCACACAGAGACCAUAGAGAUGGAGAGGGAGACACAGAGGACAUGACAGCGAAGUUACUGAAGAUGUCAACAGAUCCAGAGGAGGAGGAGACAGACAGCUCAGAGGAGGAGUCAGACAAACCUCGCUUCACCUUGCAGGAGCUACGGGAUGUCCUACAAGAGAGGAACGAACUCAAGGCUGAGGUGUUCGUCCUGCAGGAAGAGCUGGCUUAUUAUAAAAGCGAGGAAAUCGAGGAUGACGUUAACUCCUUGGUAUGUUCUCCAUCUCCUCAAUCUGUCUCCACAUCUACCGAUCAGCCCGAAUCAGGAAUCAAACGCCUGAUCUUCACAGCCAUAAUGCCGAUGGUGGCAGCUGGUUUGCUGGCAGAUGACCCCACAUUGUUGCCAAUCAGGAGACUAGUUUAUUUUGUAUAAAUCUUUUUGUAUGCUACGAAUGUCUUCUUAUACAAUUUCUCUUUUUUUUAACUAAACCAGGUCAAAAAAGAUUUGUUUCUCUCAUUACAGCUUUUAACAGACUGUCUUGGUAAUUCAAAGCUAAAUUUGGAUGAUGUAUCUACACUUUAACUUUUAUAAAUGAACCAUUUCUGUCAUUGUUGGAGUCACACUUAACAGCAAAGCUUUUUGGGAGCGUUUUAGUUGAUUUGGUAAGAGCUUUAAAUGAAUUGAGUACUUUGAGAUUUCCUCAGAGUAUGAAAUGUUUCACAUGCAGUUACAGACUUCUCUGCAGUCUGACAUCGUGUAAGAAUGAGGUUAACUGCAGCAAGGCAACUUCCGUUACAGUUAAGAUGUCUUUUUAUUGACUGUUAUUUAUAUUAAGUGCUUUUUCUUGUUUUAAGGUGCUGUGAAUUUUGAUUAAACUGGUAAAACACAAAUGGGAAUCUAUCCUAUGAUAAUGAACACUACGGGGCCUAUUAAGGCUAAUUUUUUAUUUUUUUUUCCACAGAGAAUAUAAUUGACAAUUGACUUGACAAAUUUUAUCAUGUCCAACUUUUGAUGCAUGAAGCUGAUUUAUUUUUUGAUAAGUUGAUAACCUGAUUGAGGUUAUUAAAUGGAUUUCAUGGCACUCUUGCUCACUGACAUUGGUGCAGAGGACAAGUUAAUAGUGUUGUCUGAAACAAAAUUAUAAUCCUGUGGGAAAAAAACAUGAAAAACAUUUCUCUGGAGCUUGAAGUUCUCUGCAGGACACAAUGAAAACAUGCCAUCCUAACAACUUCUAAUGAU